AUGCACUUUGUAUGACCCACCCGCCAACCAUUUCACCCUCCAUUUCCCUUCUCCUCCUUCAUCGAGUGUGUGGACGGCGGUGGAACGGCAGUGUGUGGAAGCAGUUGACGAUCGCGUAGUUCGUAAUGCGGUAUACCAUUUCGCUGCUGCUGCAAUCUCUUCUCCUGUUUCGUGCGUAAUUGGAUGUCUGUUUAGAAAUGCAGGGCAGCCACUGGUUCGACCGCUCGUUUCGGACGCUUCACUAAACGAGGUGUAUCGUGGGGGGGUUUAUUGUCAAACAAAUUUACGCGUGGCAAUCGGGUGCGCAAGUUUUCCCUCACACGAAAACCCACCCACUGCUCCGCGGCAGAAUAGGCUAGCAGCGUGUGUGACGACCGUGUGAAAGCACCAUCGCCACAAGCCGCCCUCCAUCGCGUGCAGCCCAGCGCUUGGCAGGAAAGGAAGGAAAGUGUCGCAAGAACGGCAUGAGGAACGGCCGCAGCAAGGAAAACAACACAGCACAGUAAGCGUCGGCAGGAGACCGCGGGAAAGAGCAGGGGCGGCGACGAACGUAUGGAAAAAGCGAAAGCGCUUCUUUGCAGCAGCAGCAGCGAGGGCAGCCACACACAAAAAAGCGAAAGAGAGAGAGUGAGAAGGAAAACAGCGCAAAUCUCUGCAACGGGUGCGUGAGCGAGAGCGCAAUACAGGGACGCGAGCGUGUGCCGAAGCGGGCCAGCGUAGUGAGAAGACAAGGACGGAGCGAUCGCAGCCUACUCAUUCCAUCAACGAUCCGUCAAAAGCCGUCGGAAGGUUGCCUGUCUAUAUAGUUGUUGGUUGUUGGUUGGAUUCCGUCGUGUAAAUACUGCAACAACACUGCUUCACAGUAAUAACAGAAAAAGAAUCACGACUCGGGCACGACGCUCCGCGUAAGCUGGGACACGGAGCAAUCCCUUCCGGAAAGCUAUUGCUAACAUUCUCCGAACGGCGGGGACGCACGGUUGUGGUGCAGUGGUCUGCGUCCGACCGCAGCAGUAGCCCGUCCUCUCAGUGUCAACAGGACAGUGGAAAAGGACAGCUGGCGGAGACGGAGGGAUCAUUAGUACGGCCGUUAGCUAGCCGCUGCAGCUAGUUUGUCCCCGAAUAUCACCUUUGCCCUGUCCAGCGAUAGCGCCGGCCGCGCGUUUGCCGAGAUGGAGAUGGACACGAUACAGACACAGAUUCAAACGGAGCUUCCCUUCUGUCGGUUGUGCUUUUCACAGGCCUGCGAUCUGUACGAACUCUUCCCGGGCGCAGGAAACGACAAUGAAUCUCUGCUGCUGAAAAUACUCGAGCUGGUAAACGUAGCGAUAAGCUUCGACGAGGACCUGAACUCGUACAUCUGUGGCAAAUGCGUAACCACGGUGGAGGACUUUUUCGAGUACAAGGAGAAGGUGAAGGAGAACGAUCUGCUGCUGCGCGAGAAGCGCAAAUCGGUCGACCAUGCGACGGCGAUCUACAACGUGGUCAGCAUGCAGCCGGAUGCAACCAACAGUAGCGCCUCGAACGGAGCGACCGGAACGGGCGGCGGCUCCGACCUGGGAGCGGGCGGUAUCGAUGAACCGCACGUCGGGCUCGAUCAGCGCAUAUCGAUCGACGGUGGCCCACCGCUGAACGGCAACAUUAUCGAGUUCAAGAAGCAGCUGUUUACCGCCUCUCCGUCCCAGCUCGGCAUUUGGCUGUGCGUGGCAUCCGGCAGUGACAUCCAGUGUCCGGCUGCGAUCGAGGUGGACGAUAACAUACAGGUGGUGGCGGAGAUUGGACAGCACAAUCAUGGGCUGCCCGUGUCCGUGCCGGAAAAUCCGCCCGAGACGCCACCGAUCAAGCAGCAGCAGCAGCAACACCAGCAGCAGGUGCCGCAUCAGCAGCCACAGUCUCACCACCAUCCGCAUCACGCGCAGGAGCAGCAGCAGCAGCAACAGCAGCAGCAGCAGCAUCACCACCACCAGCAGCAGCACGAGGAGGACACCAUCGUGGUGACGUCGGACGGUACGCCCGCCAUCUUAGCAACGCCCGGCACGCCCGUCGUAGCCAACAGCUCGGGGCGCGGUGGUGCUGGUGCAGCGGGCAAAGCUUCGUCGACCUCGUCGUCCUCGUCGAAGAAGAAGAAGGCGCGCGACCAACCGUCCAAGCGCAAGGUCUCGAACGACACGCUCGUCGGCGACGGUUGGCUGACGGACGUGACGACGUUCAAGCGCAACCACUACCAGCUCGUCACGAAGGACGGCUACCAGACGUUCCUCAUCUACAACGGCUACCGCUUCCGGACGCAGCAGAAGAUACGCAACGGCAUCGCGGCGUGGAAGUGUGCGUGGAACGGGCGCAAGGGCUGCCAGGCGAUACUGCACAUCACCGAGGACUACCAGAAGGUGCGGGAGGUCGGUUCGCCCCACAACCACGAGCCGUCGCUGCGUGACCGGAUCAUCUCGAACAAGCCGACCAACGGCAACACGUCCGACCAGAGCCUCAUCAUGCAAUCGGACGGGGAGGAGCUGGGCGAGAUGCACAAAAUGGCCGCCACCACGAGCGGAGGGCCGGCCGGCACGAUCACCGGCGAAACGAUAACGCUGGGCGGUGGGGCCACCGUCGUGGCCAUCACCACAACCGGCGCGAACGCUUCGGUCAACAACAGCAGCACCUCGACGGCGUCGGCCGCCACCCUAGACCUUACCUCGGAGAUGGAUUUCGUGCAGCAGAGCAGCAACAGUGGCAGCGAGUUGAUCACCACCACCACCACCACCAGCACGCCCGGUGGAUCGGCCUCCUCGGCGGCGGAUCCGCAAGGCUCGUCCGCGCAGCACCAUCAGCAGCAGCAGCAGCACCACCACCAUCACCACCACCACCAUCCGCAUCAUACGCAUGAGGUCGGUGUUGGGGACGAAGUGGUCGGCAAGGACGAUACGACCAUGUCGAUGGAUAUAGAGGAAAUCAUUCGCCCGCACGUGGUGCUGCAUCCGAGCAGCGAGUAAACCGAGCAGAGUGGGCACCCCCCCGUAAACCCGACGAGGGGACGAGGACGAGCUGCUCGAGCGUCCGUCACGCCAUUCACCACUACCACCACCUCCGCAAAAUCCAUUUUCUUAUGCCCCAAUCCCCAUCACUCGAUCAUUCGCGAACACCGCGGGACGCGCUUUACUGAACGCCGCCCCGCGUUGAAGGGAGGGUCCAUUUUUACGGUCACAGCUCUGUUGAAAUGGUGCUCCCCCGCGGUGAUGGAUGAUCGCAGCGAGCGAGAUCCUACCGGAAGGUGGACUUACUCCAGUUGCUGCUAGCUCUAGCUUAUCACAGUGCGCAUCAAUGGAUGCUACGAACCGGUAGCUACCGAACGAUUGGCGGUAGAUGAUGGUGGUACAGAUUUUGGUGAAAAAAAAUUGUAAAAAAAUAACCCGCGCACUAGCAAUAGGGUCUGAGAGACAGAAAGCGAAAGUAAGAGAGAGAGAGAGAGAGAGAGGGCUAGAAUCGAAUGGUAACGGGGGUUGUUAGCUUUUUCUUUUGACAAAACUGGUCUUGAUCGAUGGUGGCCAGGGGUGAGAGCACAUUGCGCUACUAUUAUGUAACAUUUGUUCGUUUUAUUUGCAUAAGUACACACAUAUAUAUGUCACCCUCCUUCUCCACUCCCUCCCUGUGUCAUUCUCCCGCAACCCCGCCCCCACCAUUCCCCAUUGGUUCUCGCGUACACACGAUACAUAAAAUUAAGUAAAGCGCAGUGGAAUGGAAAACCGGUGCCGUUCUUACAACUCCCCCCUUCCCUCUCACACGAGCGGGUGUGGGUGGGUGCAGGAUUUUGCAAAUACAAUUUCACUUGCAGCCAGGGAAGGGGGGCAGAUUUUAAAUAUAGCAGGAUGAUUGUGAAAACAAGCCUAGGUUACGGAUACGCUGUCGAUUUUUCGCCCCCCCCCCUCUCCCUUUUUCGUGACCCUUUUUUUAAUUUGUAUGGUUUACUGUUGUUUUAAGGACGGAGGACAGUUUGCGAUUUUAGCCCCGAUUAUUAUGUGUCAAGUUCUUCACCCCUCCUUCCCGCAAUCCUUCUUAUUUCUCUUAGACCGUAAGUGCAAAAAAUUGUCAUAGGUAGGUGUUAAGGAGAAUGAAGAAAUAUAUACAUAUAGUUAUAUAUAUUAUAUACAUAAAUACAAAACACACAAAUAUACAGAUAA